AUGAAAGACAAGGAUCCUAGUUUUGAUGGUCAUAGUAACAAAGGAGAUGCAGAUGGUGGUCAAGAAGCAGAAUUCUCGCCAAUUAGAGGAUUAGUAGUUGAAGGGGAAAAGAAGGAUGAUGGUGGAGGUUUCAGUACACCUCAAAUGGAUAAGGUAGGUAAUACAGAUAAUCAAAUCUGCUCACAAUUCUUGGAGAAUCCUGAAGUGUUGGCAACAGCAAUUAAAAUGACGGAUGACGCUGUGUUGGAAAGUUAUAAAAAAGAGAAAAAAAAAGGAAAGAAAAUCAUGGAAACAGUUGAGGUAUGUGAGGAAGAUGAUGACCAUGGAAAAAGGGGAAAGAGAGAUCAAAAGAUACCUGUAUAUGGAAAAUCAACUUUUGUUGAAAGGGUUGUUAGAAUGAGUGACAAGGUGAAGAAGGAUGAAAUGUCGUUAUACAACUCAGUUUUUACAUCAAAAAGAGAUUAUGGGGAAGAGAUAUGGAACAUUGCUAGCGGGCAUAUGUUGCAUCAAGGAUUCGCAUAUCAUUUUAAAAGCAACAUGUUUAUUCAUGCGAUAAUCAUUGACUAUUGGUCAUCAUUACUCAACGGAAUGGAGAAACUCAGGGAUGUAGGAUCAAUUUCUAGAGUAUUCUUUGACACAAAUUUUUUGGCAGAAGAGAUACUGGAUGGAUCAUUGUCAUCUGGAAGAAGUCAAAAAUUAUUUGAUUCGAUGUUGAAACUCCACCUUAAAAGUCUACCAAAACAGGAAAAGCUGAAGGAUAUUGGACUAGUGAAUUAA